AUGGGCAACGGCGCCAAGGCACAGCAGAAGCGUGAGCGCAACAACGAGAAGGGUGGAAAGGCUGCCAAAUCGCAGCUCAAAGUGAACGCCCAGGCAAUGGACAUCCAGUGCCAGAUCUGCAAGUCGACAUUCUUGAAGACCACAAAGGCUCCCGCACUUCUGGAACACGCCCAGAAUAAGCACAGCAAGGGCUUGCCCGAGUGUUUCCCGACUUUCGUCGCCAGCUCAUAA